AACAUGGUGGACUGCAACUCUUUCCCUUGAUUUCAUAUUCUCUGUUGUAAUCCAUGGAAUCAUGCCAAAGCAAAAGUGUCCAUCACCCUAGAAAAGAGAAAAAGGACCACACCGAGUCACUUCUUGCAACUCCAACCCACAAAUGAGCUCCACCGCCCUCGUCGUCCAUCUCUCCACCGUUCCUCCCUUCCCUCCUAAUGCAGGAGACGAAGAGUCCACGGCUCAGAAAGCCGUGGUACCGAAGAGUGAUGGAGGUCAUUAUUCUGUGGAAGGCCAUAGCAAAAGCUCCGGCGGUGGAAUCAAACGAUGGAGUCUCACCGAACUCCACCAAGCCAAAGCUAAGGAAAUGCACCUCCUUGAAGGCAGCAUCUUCCUUCACUCGAGUCUGUCUCUGUGCUCCAAUCUCUUCCUACAAUGAGGUGUUUCGGGCCGACGUCCCGCCGCGAAGAAGCUACAGUUGCCCGACGUCGAAAUCUUUUGCAACGGCACCGGCUCGGCAGAUGAUGAGCACGAGGAGUUUUGUGGAAGGGAGGAGAGUGUUCAGGGGGAAGUCACUGACAGAUGACAUAAUGAUGAGGAGGUUUGUGGCGGAGGAGGAAGCCAUGAUGCAGCUGAGGAGGAGGAAUCAGAUGGAGUUUGUGAGGAAGAGGAAUGCCAUGAGGAGGAGGAAGAAGAUCGGGCCGAGUCCUCUCAGGAGGAUGGUGAUGGCUGGAGAAGAUUAAUUCUCAAUCUUCUUUUUGUUCUUGUUUUCUGCCAUUAAAUGAAUCUGUACAAGCAUGUUCAAGAACAUGGAUCCUUGGUUUGUUCAUCA